CGCAUAAUCGGAUCCUUUGAUGAGUUUGAUGUAUUAAAUGGUACGGUAUUUAACAAUAAUUCACAAAAAUGGAAACGCAAUCGGCAAUUCGUUACUAAGGCUUUAAUGUCAAAAAAAUAUCAUCUUGGAUUCAUAAGCAACGUUCAGAAAUUAUUUAAGGAUUUUGAAAAUCAAUGGGAUAGUGGUGUAAUCUUAGAUUUUUCCACAUGGAUGAGUUGUUACAAAACACAAAUAACAGUUGAGACUGUAAUUGGAAAACGAUCAUAUGAUGCUGAAUCAAUUUAUACAAUCUCGAAAGGGGCGACAGAAUAUAUAGCUAUGUUUGCUUUUUUGUUCUUUACUCCUAGAUAUAUUUGUAAUAUUAUUAUGACGCUUUGGUUUAAAAGUAUGAAGCAAAAUAGUAUUUUUUUUAAUGGAACAAUAGGAAAUAUAAUUCAAGAACUAAGAGAUGAAAUAGCAAAGGGAUCGUCAAUAAGUUUCAAUUUGCUGGACCUAUUAUUGAUUUCUAAUACACAUAAUGAUUCUGAAUAUAUUGAAG